AGCAGCAGAAGCAGCUCCUCCUCAGCAUCAGCAUCUUCAUCUGUGCCUGACGCGUCCUGCUCCUCUCCUCGCUCUUUUGUGUCGGUGUUUUAAACUAUGGAUAACUCGGGUAAAGAGAAGGAGGCCAUGCAGCUCAUGGCGGAGGCGGAUAAGAAGGUGAAGGCGUCCGGCUCGUUCCUCGGCGGGAUGUUCGGGGGGAACCAUAAGGUGGAGGAUGCGUGUGAGAUGUACGCUCGAGCUGCAAACAUGUUUAAAAUGGCCAAGAACUGGAGCGCGGCUGGAAAUGCCUUCUGCCAGGCCGCUCGGCUACACAUGCAGCUGCAGAACAAACUGGACUCUGCCACGAGUUUUGUGGACGCAGGAAACGCCUACAAGAAGGCCGACCCUCAAGAGGCGAUCAACUGUCUGAACCAGGCCAUCGACAUCUACACGGACAUGGGAAGGUUCACCAUCGCAGCCAAACAUCACAUCACCAUCGCAGAGAUUUACGAGUCAGAGCUGGUAGAUAUUGAGAAGGCCAUUGCCCACUACGAACAGGCAGCAGAUUAUUACAAGGGCGAGGAGUCGAACAGCUCUGCUAACAAGUGUCUGCUGAAGGUGGGUCACUACAGCGCUCAGCUGGAGCAGUACCAGAAGGCCAUCGAAAUCUAUGAACAGGUGGCCAUGAGCACCAUGGACAACCCUCUGCUCAAGUACAACGCCAAAGAGUAUUUCUUCAAGGCGUCUCUGUGUCACUUCAUCGUGGACGAGCUCAAUGCAAAGCUGGCGAUUGAGAAGUACGAGGAAAUGUUCCCAGCAUUCACAGACUCCAGAGAGCUCAAACUCUUAAAGAAACUGCUGGAGGCUCACGAGGAGCAGAACAGCGAGGCUUUUACAGAAGCCGUCAAAGAGUUUGAUUCUGUGUCUCGUCUGGACCAGUGGCUGACCACGAUGCUGCUGCGAAUCAAAAAGACCAUCCAGGGUGACGCUGGUGACCUCAAAUAAACAAACAUCAUGUACGAGGUUUAUGUGGGGGCGUCUACAGCUGUACAUACCAGUGCAUGUCACCCCAGUGAGUCACAUCACAUACCCAGUCCUCCAACAGUAUUUCUCUACAGACUGAACCGCUGGACAGUGCGUUUGUGUCAGGUGAAGACUGGACAUAUUUGUGUUAUUGAAAAUACUUUAUGAAAACGUGUAAGAAAUAUAUUAUAUAGUAUUCUUGUUUAUUCUGGUGCUGCAUAUUAGAAGUUGUGAGACCCUCUUUUUCAUGUCUUCCUCACAAAGAGCCCCCUGUCACCCUCUGCAGCUGUGAUCUGUGUCCGUGGGAGCGGGUGACUCCUGCCGUGUCUGUGCAUGUCUGUCGUCAUGUUCUUGUUCUUGUAUUAUCAGCAGCAGCACAUGUGAGCUACAAAGGUAUCUGUAAUCAGUAAAUGUUACAAUAAAAGCACCACUCACUCACUUUUUU